AUGACUCCGAUCAAACUGACACCUGAACCAUGGAAACUGCACGUCGAUGGCUCAUCAAACUCCACUCAUGGAGGCACCGGAGUUAUACUCGAAAACCAAAACGGGAUCAUAAUUGAACAAUCAAUAAGAUACGACUUCCCAGUAUCAAAUAACCAAGCAGAAUACGUGGCCCUCUUAGCCGGCCUAAACCUAGCCCGGGAAGUCGGCGCCAAGGUACUCGAAGUUAACACCGAUUCCCAGGUGGUGUGCUCCCAAAUCAACGGGAGCUACCAAACCCGAGACCCCCUGCUCCAACAAUACCUCAAUAAAGUAAGUGAAUUAAAAGAAGGAUUCGAAAAUGUCUCCAUACAGCACGUCCCCAGGGAGCGAAACGCCAGGGCGGACCUACUUUCCAAGCUAGCCAGCAUGAAAUCAGGACACGGCAACAGAUCGCUAAUCCAGGAGGUCGUUAAGUCGCCUUCCGUAUCAACAGAAAUCAACGCGCACCUAACAUCCUCAAACCGGGAGUCUUGGACAUACCCUAUCUUACAAUAUCUCCGCGACAGAGUCCUACCACCAGAUCCGAAAGAGGAAAGGCGAAUAAAAAGAGAAGCCGCCAACUACACCAUCAUAGCGGGACAACUAUACAAACGCGGAUUCUCGCAGCCACUACUCAAAUGUGUCGAACCCGGGGACACGGAAUACAUACUCCGCGAGAUCCAUGAAGGCUGCUGCGGUCACCACGUCGGAGGAAAAAUGCUAGCCCAAAAAACCAUCAGGGCCGGCUAUUUCUGGCCCACGAUCAUUCGAGAUUCCAUACAACUAACAAAAAGCUGCGACAAAUGCCAAAGGCAUGCCAAUAUCCACCAAGCCGCCCCACACCAACUCAGUAUUAUAUCGGCUGAACGGCCAUUCGGCAGUUGGGGAAUCGACCUCGUCGGGCCCUUCCCCACGGCACCCGGCCAACUCAGAUAUCUUAUCGUCGCCAUAGACUACUACACCAAAUGGAUUGAAGCCGAACCCCUGGCCUCCAUCACGGUGGAAUCCGCCAACAAAAUUAUCGUCAAAGGACUUAAGAAACGACUUGACGAAGCCAAGGGACUAUGGGCAGAUGAGUUGGGAUCAGUCCUAUGGUCGUACCGAACAACACCCCAAACGAGCACGGGAGAAACGCCCUUCCGAUUAACAUACGGCGUAGAAGCAGUCAUCCCAGUGGAAAUCGGGGACCCCAGCCCCAGAAAAACGGUUGGAGGUAACGACGAAGAAGCAGAACGAGACCUCGUGGACGAAGAAAGAAGCAUAGCUCGCGUCAAAGAAUUAGCACUCAAACAAAGGAUCAGCCUAAGGUACAAUCACGGCGUUAUCCGACGAGAAUUCGCGGACAACGACCUCGUCCUACGACGAAACGAUAUCGGUCUUCCGACCCCAGGAGAAGGAAAACUCGUCCCCCAAUUGGGAAGGACCAUACAGAAUCAAAGCCGUAAUUGGAAAAGGAGCGUACAAACUCGAACGACUAGACGGCAGCGAAAUACCAAGAACUUGGAACGCAGCCAACCUACGAAGAUACUACACUUAAAUAAGUACUUUUUUACAAGUUAUCCAUCUCCAUUACGAGUCACUACCGUUUCUCAAAAAACAAAGACGCGGCCACCACUGGAGGACUGA